GUAACAAGAGUAAGAAUAAGAACAUCUUCUAUACGCGUCUCAGCCUGGGAAAAACUCUAUUUUACGGAUGAAUGAAUGACGAGAGCCGGCGUUAGGUUUUGUUUUGUGAUCGGUGGGGAUGGAUAUAUGCGCCGGCAAAGCAGCAGCGGCAACGGAAAGGAUGCAUCAGCGCCACGCCCGAAAAGCUGCUGUCCUCCUUGCCAUCAUCCCCCUUCUCAUCUCCACAGUCGAAUCGCAUGUUGGUUGCAGUACAAGGUGUAUUGCGGAAAACUGCAAUUCCAUUGGAAUUAAAUACGGCAAGUAUUGUGGAGUUGGCUGGACUGGUUGUCCAGGGGAGAAACCUUGCGAUGAUCUUGACGCAUGUUGCAAAAUUCACGAUCACUGUGUAGACAAAGCGGGUAUGACAAAUGUCAAAUGCCAUGAGAAGUUCAUGAAGUGCAUAAAGAAAGUGCAGAAGUCAGGAAAGGUAGGAUUUUCAAGAAAUUGCCCCUACGACACAGCCGUGCCAACAAUGGUACAAGGUAUGGAAAUGGCCAUUAUGUUUAGUCAGUUGGGAAACUCAAAAGUUGAGCUAUGAUUAGCUUUUGCAUUGCCUGCCCCCCACUUGUUAGAUAAAGGUGAUAAAUAUACUAAUUUCCAUUCCUUCAAGCCUCAUUUCUUGUAGUGACUUAAAGGUGAUAAAUAUACUAAUUUCCAUUCCUUCAAGCCUCAUUUCUUGUAGUGACUUGAAUUUGAAAGUUCGUGUCAAGGGUUUGUUGUUGCCUACUUCAAUUCUGAAACUCCAACACCAAUCUCCAUUAGUACAAUAGUUGUUCUGUUCGAACUUUUUUUUAUUGUCUGGAUUUAUCUUCUUGCUCUAAAAACUAUAGCUUAGUUGGAUCUGAACACUAUGGUGUAGUUUUGUGAGAGUAAAUGAGUAAUAAACAAAAGUAAGCAUCCAU